ACUUUGCCCGUAUCCCGUGACCGCUUCACUCGCAUCACGAUGGCUCCUCUGGUCGUCAAAGAAGACGCAAAACGCAAGGCCGAGAAUGUCCUGGACAGCGGAAGCCCCUCCAAACGGCCAAAACCAGACCCCCAGACGCCCUCCGACGUUGACGGCGGCCCCGUCCAGCGAGCUCCCAAGCUGGUCCCAUUCCCAGAGAAGCCUGCCGUGAUAGAGGAGCGGAACGGCGAAAUCGAGUUCCGCGUAGUCAACAACGACGGCAAGAAGGACAGCUCCAUCAUCCUCACCGGCCUGAAAUGCAUCUUCCAGAAACAGCUCCCCAAAAUGCCCAAGGACUACAUAGCACGGCUAGUGUAUGAUCGCACUCAUCUAUCCAUGGCGAUAGUGAAGAAGCCUCUGGAGGUCGUUGGUGGCAUCACUUAUCGACCAUUCAAAGGCCGCCAGUUUGCCGAGAUCGUCUUCUGCGCCAUUUCCUCCGAUCAGCAGGUCAAGGGAUACGGUGCGCAUCUGAUGUCACACUUGAAAGACUAUGUCAAGGCCACGUCCGACGUCAUGCACUUCCUCACAUACGCCGACAACUACGCCAUUGGAUACUUCAAGAAGCAAGGCUUUACGAAGGAGAUUACACUGGAGAAACCGCGAUGGAUGGGAUAUAUCAAAGACUACGAGGGUGGGACUAUCAUGCAGUGUAGCAUGGUGCCAAAAAUCAGAUAUUUGGAGUCUGGCCGGAUGUUAUUGAAGCAAAAGGAGUGCGUCCACGCCAAAAUAAGAGCUGUUUCGAAGUCUUACAACAUUCAUCCACCCCCAAUUCAGUGGAAAAACGGACCCUGCAAGAUCGACCCGCUGUCGAUUCCCGCUAUCAAAGAAUCUGGAUGGUCGCCCGACAUGGACGAGCUAGCCCGAGCGCCCCGACAUGGGCCUAAUUACAACCAGCUACUUCACCUCCUCAACGAUAUGCAAAACAACAGCAAUGCAUGGCCCUUCCAACAGCCUGUCAAUAAAGACGAGGUUGCAGAUUAUUACGACGUAAUCAAGGAGCCAAUGGACCUCGCGACCAUGGAGGAGAAGCACGAGAAAGACCUCUACCCGACUCCGGAGGACUUCAUAAGGGAUGCAAAGCUCAUUUUCGAUAAUUGCCGUCGCUAUAAUAAUGAGACGACACCCUAUGCAAAAGCGGCAAAUAGACUGGAGAAGUUUAUGUGGUCAAAAAUAAAGGAAGUCCCUGAAUGGACGCAUUUGGAGUCGGAAUUGGGCGGCAAGUAGCAGCAACAGCAUCUUUAAUACUAGCGGUUCCGCAUGGGCACGUUUUGGGACGACGAGGCAUGGGUUCAGGGAUAGGAGUCAUUGGGUGAGUGACCAUCAGGUUUUUCGGGAGUUAACAGACAUACGCAAUACCCAUAGGAGUUAGAAGAUGAAGGCACUUGAAUUUUUAUCCUAUUUACAGUGUCUUGCCAAAGGUCUGUACACACUGGGUUGUCACUGCUUGGGGUGCCCCCAUGGUCUGGCCAGAAUCUAGACAUGAUGCAAAGGUCCGUGCUGUGUAGAUUAAACCACUAUUCUGACGUUUGGCUACCUUGCAGCAGGGCACUCCUGACAGUGGUGUCGAUCGGCCAAGAGUAGCACUCAAGCAAUGGGACAUUGUUGGUCUCUCAAGACAUCAUUCCAUUCUUACCCAC